AAACAACGUUACCACGAACUUCUUAUUGGUUUGUUUCAUUGUUGCUGUUAACUUGUAUUGAAAAACGGAAACUGCCGAAGAAUUUGAAAAAAACUACUGAAAAAUAAUCUGCUGCCACCGGGAUUCGAAACCACGACCUUACGAAUAUGAAGCACAACCACUGCUGCACUGCUACUCGGACGCUUAUGAUCAGUUGGAAAUAUCUUUAUGUAUAACAAUAAUAUCAUGCUGAAGAAUUGAGCUCAUUCGAAGUUACAGAUUAAAAGACAUCGAGGACUUAAAUAACAUAUUACAUUCAGCGGCAAGUGCAACAUCAAAAGAACUGAGGCUUUGGAAGCUCAAACUACUGUUUUAAUUUUGACUCGGGCCCGUUUUAGAUACUCAUUAUAUACUCGUUCAUUAUAUCUUUAAAUAUAUCCCUGGUUACAAAUACUGAUUGAAAAGAAUUGAGAAGCGGCCACUCCAUGCAAACUGUAUAUCUAUAUAUACAAACAAAAGAAUUGAAAUUAUUGAAAAGAAUUCGAAUUUCAUCAUUUAUAAUUCUUUUCAAUCAGUAUUUUUAACCAGGGAUAUAUAAGUAUCCGAGCUUUAGUUUAAACUUAUCAUUACAUUUUAUUCCGUUUAUUUCGAUUCGAGCAGUCACGACGUUACGACAUGAUGAAGUACUUUGCAAUUCUUAUCGUACUUGGCUCUAUUGGAUUUUCUACUUCUAAAGUGGUACCAUUUUUUAAUUGCUCAUAUCCUGAAGGGACCGAGAUAAGCUGUAAAGUACACGAAGUACGCAUUAAUCCUUGCAAGAUAAUCCCUCAUCAAGCAAACGCAUGUUCCAUUACGCGGGGACAAAACGCCAGCAUGGAAUUCGAUUACACAGCAAACUUCGAGGGAAACAGUUUGGAAAGUUGCGCUUACUAUAAUAAUGACGGGCGCGAUUUUGCUUAUCCUUUGAGAACUAACGCCUGCACGAGCACCGUUUGUCCUGUUCAACCAGGACAAAAGCAAACUUACAAUAUUACUCUUUUUGUCUCACCGGAAUUUUCAGCUAGACUCUAUAGAGUUAAAUGGAAGUUAUGGAAUCCUCAGCAACAGGAAUGCUGCUUCAUGUUCCAUAUUAAGUUACCGUCAUAAAAUUUUUUUUUAUUAAAUAUCGCACUGGUUUAAAUAAUUAUUGUUUAAUUUGUCCAUUUCUACGCCGAAAAAAAAAUAAUUUCUCGGCGCCAAAAAUAUUUGACAUUAGAAAUUGAAGAAAAAAAUUUUCUUAAGACUAAAAAAAAUUUAUUGGCACAAGAAUAUUGUUUUUUAUCAUUCAUGCGAUAUAAGUGCUAUAUUAGCGCACGCACUUUUGUUCGCCAAAUAGCUGUUUGCCCAUUCAACUGUUUCCACGACAUUUUUGUGCGUUAUACGAUUAUCUGCGUGCGACAAGUAAAUUUGAGUGCGACAAGGAAACUUCUAUAGAACUCAUUCAUUUUUAUAAAAUCACUAUGGGAAUUUAUGAGCAUCUAUUGGAUUCUAUGAGAUUUUCUAAACAGGGGAAGUACAGAACAUUAUAAUCUGAAAUGAGAAUUUUAACCUUCUUGCUCUCAUGUAGAUUUUAGUGACUUAAAUUCUUUUUUUAAAUUUGACGGUUCUGAAUCCUAUUCGUUAUCAUAAUUUGACAAAAUUUUGUUAUGGAAUCAUUUCGGAUGAAACAAAACUAAACUGCAUAGAUAACAAACUGAGCAAUUACAACAUCGAACAAAUAAAAUCAAUUAUGAUAAAGAAUGUGGAAAAAUCCUCAGUAAAGUUAAUUAAAAAAAAAAAAUAAUAAGAAUGAUCAUAUUGUCGAUUUUAAUUUGUUAAUUACAGGUUUCUUUAUCGUGUUCACUUAACUUGUUAUCGUGACGACUUGUGGGUAGAAUGUUUUUGAUAUCACUUUUAAAAUAUGGCUUAAGAAUGUGGCUCAGAAAAUGACAAAUAAAACAACUGUUACUUAUAUAAUUGCCGAAAAAGAUGUUAAGCUCUGAACAAAAAUAAUUUGAUCAAUUACAUCAUGAAAAAAACAAUAACAAUCAUUUCAUACCUUCUAGCCUUUGUAGGAUUACAAGAGAAGAUUUAUUUUUAAUGUCACAUUUGAAGUUACAAAAAAAAAAAAGAGUAUACUAUAAAUAUAAGAAUUUUUAUUGUGUAGAUUCAAGAGAAAAAAAAAAAUAUUUACUUUAUAAAACUGUAAAUUUUAUAAAACUAGUAAUUAUUUAUUUUAAGUAUGAAUUUCGAAAAAAAAAAAAAUAAGCAUUUUUGUAUAUAAUGAUUAUAUUUCAUAUGUAAGCAUCUUCAGAGUAUAGAUUCAAGCAAAAGAAAUGAUUUUACUAUACGAAACUGUAAUAAUAAGAUUUCUUUGCCUCAGGAAAUGUAAUUUGAAGAAUAUGUAAAAAAAUGAUAGUGUGAGAUUGUAAUUUUUAGAACAAAACUGAAAACUAUAAGAUCUGGUAUAUAAUAUGAUAUAUAAUAAAAAUAUAAUUUUUACAGUUUCUGAGUCACAGUGCUUUACUACGAAACGAAACUGUAAUAAAUACUCAGAUAUGAGUUCAAUUUUUCAAUUGCUCUUUUUUCCGUGCAAUGACUUUGAAAAAUCUACGUCCUGAUUUCUAUUUCAAAUUGAAUUACAAUAAUUUUGAAUAUCUGCAGUAACAUUUAUUGAAAACGACAUAUGAAAAAUCAUAUCGUUGAUAUUAAUUAGUUAAUUACAUUAUUUUUUUCGUUCUUCGUUGUAUUUGUUACGAUUAUGAUAAAACGUUCUUAAUAUUACUUACAAAAUAAUGUCAUUAAGAUGAUAAAAAAUAAAAAAACUUCGUAGUUUCAUACGUGUCAGUAGAACUGUGGUCAAACCAAAAAAUAUUGGAGGUAUAUAAUGACUGUCACGAUGUAAUAAAAUUCAGUUCCUUGAAAAUAAAUAUCAAACAACGUCAUUACCAUGAAUUCCUUAUUGGUUUGUUUCAUUAUUGCUGUUAGCUUGGCUCACCAGGCAUUAACUGCAUCAGUUCCGGCAAAUCCUGAUACCAGUAAACCAAAUCCUGGAUCUGAUGUGGUUGCACAAGGAGUACCCAAGUUAUCUGAACGAGCGGGAUCAUUUAAAAAUCGUUUUGAUGAUAUCCGAGAAAGGAGCAAGGGUCUAGCUGCCAAGACGAGAAAGAAUAUUAAGAAUGAAACUAAUACUGUUGUACGCAGUGCCCGAGACGAAGAAUUCAACUCUCUCAGUCUCUCUGAGGGUUUAAUUCGUAGUGGUGGCGGCAUGUACAUACGUAAAUCGUAGAGACACGAUCUCUACGGAUCUCUCUCAGGAAGAGACUUCCGAAAACUGUUUUGAAGUAAUAGAAGUCUCCGAAUCAUUUUCUCUGCAAUAUUUUUGUUGAAUUGUUUUUUUAAUUUUUUUGUUGCUCUGUCAAUAAUGUUCCCAUCUUU